CUGCCUUCUCUCGUGUCGGUCUUUCCCUCAGCGCUGGUAUUCUGGGACCCAACCGCCUCUUGGGUCGAGAGUCCAGGAGCCUUUCUGUGGGGAAGCGGCUGUUGGGAUGACAAGGGAGACGGAGGUCGGGGAAGGGGGCUUGUUGCCAGGAGGAAGGGAGGUUGCAUCGACUGAAAUCUGGAUUUGAUGCAAGAUUGAAAAACAGGCAUUGUACUGAUGACAAUUAGGAGACACUGAAGGACAUGCUGAUUUGCUUAGCAACAUUAUUGCAAACUAUUCAAGACACAAUGAAGUGCUCCAUUGUACCUUCCUAAUAUUAAUGGUUUUAUUGUGUCCCAAUAGCACUUUUGUUGAUGUUAAAUGAUUCUUCAUUGUUCCAAUAGCUAAAAUGCAGGGGCAGAAUUUACUGCAAAUGAAUAGUAGUGUGGAAGGGGCAAGCCAGUCAUGUUUAAAAGCUCUGUCCACAGAGAACUAUGCCAUGUCUCCAAGUGAGUACAAUUGUAGAACUGGAAGCCAUUAUUUAAACCAAAAUGGAAAUCCUGACGCAUCCCCAGAAAUGGAAACAGUUCAGAAAAAAAUUCACAGCAAGAGUGGUGAUGGAACAGUUGAUGAAGGAUCACUGGAGGGUCCUAAGGAUAUCAGCACAGUGGAGUCCAGCAAUACCUGGGGUGAUUUUGAAGGUUUCAGUGAGGUCAAACUAGUGAACCUAAGUAACAUUCCAGAAUCUUUGGAGAAGAUAAAUGAAAAGCUGACAUACACAAAUGAUAUGGAUGUCAACGACACUCAUCCCACUACCUCAUUCAAACAAUUUCUUUCCAAAGCAGCUGGAUACAAAAAAGAAACAGUUGCUAAUGCUACAAUGAAGGUUGUCAUCAGUUCUGAAGAUAUUGUUAAACUGAGUUUUCCUGAAAUCCCAGUACCACAGUGUUUGGAUAAAAUAAGUACAUUGAAGCAAGUGCUUGACCCAGAAAGAGAAGAUGCAGAUAUUCCCGAAUGUACAGACAAACAAGUUUGCAUUGACUCAUCAAAUUUAUGGAAAACUCUUACUCACUGCAAUAGCCCUUCUGAUUUAAGAUGCCAUCGGAAUGAAUCUUAUUGUCAAGAAAAUCUUUUAGCUGUGCUUGGAGUUGAUGCUAAUCAAAAGGCUCUUCCAGAAUUUAAGGACAGUAUUUUGGAAAAAAGUAACAGAGAAAAUGAAGAUUCCAGUGUUGACAAAUUCAGCCUUACCACUUGUAAAGCACUAAUUCAGACUAAGCUUCUUAAAGCCUGGUUUAAGAAUUCUCAGCAGGGCAAAUGUAUAUUGUUUCCUAUGAUCCAAGGCGAGCCUUUGCCUAGCUGCAGGAAUAGGCAAAAAUUGCUCUGGUAUCCGUGGAGGAGUUGAGAGAAGAGUGGAGUGUUGUGGACAUGUACAGCUAUCCAUGAAUAAUUCUGCAUUGUCCUUCCCUUAGAAGAGGAUAAAUAUAGAAGGAUGACAUGACACUACUUAUUAGUUGCUAUUAUUUUUCUCUCAGCAUUUGGCCACAACUGCAGUCAAGAACGAUGGGAGAUGGGAAAGCAUUUUUAGCUGGAGGAAAGUUAUUAGAACUGUUCCAGUAGAAGAGAAUAUAUGUAGCUCAGGGUUGAAUUGUGGAGUUCUUGGUGCUCUCUGAACUUGGUUGUUUGUUGGCAGACAUUUCAACACCGGACUAGAUAACAUCAGUGUGAAUUGUGUGCGGUUUGUUGCCUGUUUAUAUGUAGUAGCUUGUCUUGCCAGUUUUGGUCAGAGUGUGGUUACACAAUUCCUCUUGUGGGAGGUUGGUUCUUAACAUUAUUCAGACAAGAACAAACACACUGCAGCAAUCCAAAAUGCCAGGAAGAGGAAACAGACCAGCUAUACAACAUUUUCCAACAAAAUUGAUAGCCAUGCAACUUUAUCAAAAAAUGCCUGACCAUACAACCUGCUACAGCACAACUUGAGAAACCUGUGAAAAGGGUAACACUCCCAUACAUCAAAAACAUCUCAGAGACAGCCAACAGACUACUACAACCACCCAGCAUCGCUGUAGUACACAAACUAACUAAAGCCCUCCAAAACAUCUUAAGCAAACCAAAAGAUCCAGUAGCCGAAGAAGAAAAAUCAGUCAUCUACAACAGUCCUACAACAAUGCAAGGACUGUAACAGCCUCUACGUAGGACAGACAGGCAAAAGACUAGCAGAGUGCAUCCACAAACAUCAACUAGCAGUCAGAAUCAUGACAAAAACUCCUUAAUCUCACAAUACAUGGACAGACUCAACCACAGUUUCAACGGGGAUACUAUUAGCAUUUUAGACCAAGCCAAAUCCCAAAACACUAGGGAAUUCCUGGAAGCUUGGCAUUCAGAGAAAUCAGCCAUCAAUAGACAGAGAUAUACCACAUUUACAGACCAUUCAAAAGAUACAAUAAAAAACCUUGGAAGGAAACAAAAAGACUACUACACAUUCCCUCUAGCAGCAAACACUUAUAUAAGCAGGGAUCAACAACAGACAAUCAGGCAGAAAACAAUAUACUCUAAUCAAGGAACCACCAAGGAGGAAACCACACCCCCACUAAAACUGAUAGGACAAGCUACUAUUUAUAAACAGGCAGCAGACUCCAUGCUCACUUGCACUGAUGGUGUUAUCUAGUUGGGUAAUGAAAUGUCUGCAAGCAAACAGCCAAGCUCAGAGAGCACCGAUAACUCCACUAUUAGAAAUGUCUUAAACUCCAAACCUGCGGUUCCUGUUCCAUUUCUGAAUUAAGUAUCCCUUUUUUGUUUUUACGGAACUGGGUUGUUUGCUUAGCUUAUCUCCAUUUUGCUGGGAAUUCAUCAAUGUCAUUAUUGCUAGCUAGCCUUCAUGGAGGAAAAGCUGGCUAUUCUAGAACAGGUGAAAGACAUGCAGUUGAAAUACAUACAUCUCAAUAUCCCCAUUUGUUCACAGCUUUAAAAAAUUAGUGGAAUUGGGAAGUAUAUGUCUGAAUUUAAUCAUAAGCAUAUUUUGUAAUAAAUUUUGUUUCUGGAAAGUGAUUGGGAAUUAGAUUGCUGGUAUGGAGGAAAACAGGAUGAAGUCUUAACUUCGAUUUCUAAAUUAAAAAAGAUGAGCAAUGUUAUAUAAUUGGAAAGUUUCUGACAAACUGCUUGUUUUAGUCUUUUGGGGAGGUUGUAACUUUUUAAUUAUUAAAGCCACAUUAAGCACUGUGUUAUGACAUACAAUGUCCCGCUAAAAGACUAGUCCAACAA